UUUCCCUAGCAGUCGACCAUAUUUGUGCCUCAAUUCUUUUUUACUUUGUACUUGUCUUCCAGCAUCGUCCUGUACUUUUUACCUUUGAUUUUAUCGGAGCAACUAUAUACGCUCAUUGAAGCUCGGCUUAGUACAGAUUGAGCUCAUAUCCUAGCUGCAGCUAAGACUUCCAGCCGGUUUCACGCCACCUCGCUCCACCUCAUCUCACCCCGAGUCUACUCCGACUUCGCUGGCCUUCGCAUUCUCUAUCAAGUGCCGUCCAGCCGCAAACGCGUUGAACUAUACUCUGUCCUCCAAUAGACUGAGAGCGAGAGACCUGCAAAAGUGAGCGCAAAGAUGUCAUUGACUCUUCAAACCGCCAUCAAUGGCCCCACCAACUCGACGGCAGUCAUCGUGCCGUCCAAGUCCAAUCCUCUGACUGUUACGUACGGCGACCUGGUCAAGGAGACGUCAGCCUUUCAGCAGAAACUGGCGGCCAUCGGUAUCACUCGCGGCUCGCCCGUCUCCAUCGCGACCGUCAACUCGUACGAGUUCAUCGUCUCCUUCCUGGCCGCUUCGUGGCAGCGUGGCAUCGCCGCGCCCCUGAACCCAGCCUACAAACAGGACGAGUUUGAGUUCUACAUCGAGGACGUCAAGUCUGCCAUAGUCUUGGUUCCCAAGGGCGCCUAUGCUGCUGGUGCUCCCGCCGUCAAGGCUGCGAAGAAAUUCAACGCUGCUGUUGCCGAGACGUACUGGGAUGAGUCCAAGAAGGAGGUCGCGCUGGAUGUGAAGGACCUGGGCCAGCUCAAAGGCAAGGGGCCCGAGAAGGUAUUGAAGGCCGAGGUGGACGACGUCGCCUUGGUGCUGCACACCAGCGGAACAACGUCCAGACCCAAAGUCGUUCCUCUGACACACCGCAACCUGACCAGGACGAUGAAGAACAUCCAAAACACCUAUCAGCUGACGGACAAGGACCGCACCAUGCUGGUAAUGCCUCUUUUUCAUGUCCACGGCCUCCUCUGCGGUCUCCUCGCACCCCUGGCCUGCGGCGGCUCCAUGGUGGUUCCGUCUAAGUUCUCUGCUACCGAAUUCUGGGGAGAUUUUGUCGCCCACAAAGCCAACUGGUACACCGCCGUGCCCACCAUCCACCAGAUUCUCCUCAAGAAUCCGGCGCCCAAUCCGUUGCCCAACAUUCGCUUCAUUCGUUCGUGCUCCUCCCCUCUGUCGCCCACCGUCUUCCACCAGCUCGAGGAGACGUACAAGGCCCCCGUCCUCGAGGCCUACGCCAUGACCGAGGCCGCCCACCAGAUGACCUCCAACCCCCUGCCCCCCGCGAAGCGCAAACCCGGCACUGUAGGUCUCGGCCAGGGCGUCGACGUGCGCAUCCUCGACGACGCAGGCAACGAACUCGCGCAGGGCCAGGAGGGCGAGAUCUGCAUCCGCGGGGAGAACGUUACCAAGGGCUACCUCAACAACGAGAGCGCCAACGCGUCGUCCUUUACCAAGGGCGGCUUUUUCCGCACGGGCGACCAGGGAAAGAAGGACGAAGAUGGCUACAUCAUCAUCACGGGCCGCAUCAAGGAGCUCAUCAACAAGGGCGGCGAGAAGAUCAGCCCCAUCGAGCUCGACAAUGUCCUCACGCGCCACCCCGCCGUCUCCGAGGCCGUCAGCUUCGCCAUCCCUGAUGACAUGUACGGCCAAGAUAUCGGUGUGGCUGUUGUGCUUAAGCCGGGACAGCAGCUCAAGGGCGACGACUUGAAGAAGUGGGUAUCGGAAAAGCUGGCCAAGUUCAAGGUUCCCAAGAAGAUUUACUUCACAGAGACGAUGCCCAAGACAGCCACCGGCAAGAUCCAGCGCCGCAUCGUUGCCGAGAAGAUGCAGCAGCAAGAGGCGCCCAAGGCCAAGUUGUAGACGUCAUCAAGCGAUCCACACCAGACCAUAUCUGUCCAUUUAGAUGGUGAUGUAAGAGUGUUGAACGCUCGUAUAUUUCCCGACAGCCGAGCAGAAAGAUUUAGAGCAAGGUUUCGAGUAAGAGUAGAGAGAACUUUGUUUAACACCUAGAAGGAAUAGAAUAGAGGGACUUCCAAUAUCUAUAAACGCCGGCCACCCCGCAUGAGUUACAAACAAUGUAGCAAAACAAUGCCUCAUACGUUCCGAAGCAAAGCCGCGUACUUCAGGCCCAUAGGCCAAGUCAUGAAUUCCUGCAUCCCAGUCGUCGUCGAUCCAUUCGCCACUCAACCGUUGUGC